AAUGUAAAUAUGGCAUCUUCUCUGGUAGUCCCAGUCAUUGAUGUUCAGAAUGAUAACUUCAAGGAGCUUUGGCCUGCAAUGGUUGUGGCUAUGAAAACGUCUUCCUUCAUUGCUCUCGACACGGAGCUGAGUGGUCUUGGGAACAGGAAGUCUUUACUUGCUGAAUCCAUAGAGGACAGAUACAAAGCCAUAUGCCAUGCAGCUCGCUCUCGCUCCAUCAUCUCUCUAGGACUUGCCUGCUACAAAAAACUGGACAACAAGGCCGCAGACACAUACAUGGUCCAGGUGUAUAACCUCACCCUGCUUUGUUCAGAGGAGUACAUUAUCGAGCCUCAGUCGGUCCAGUUCCUGGUGCAGCACGGAUUUGAUUUCAACAAACAGUACGGUCAUGGAAUCCCGUACAUUAAAGGCAAUAACAAGGGAGGAUCAGAUAACCAGGGGGUCCACAUCAGGGCGUUAUUCACUGAACUGCUGCGUGCUAAGAAACCCCUGGUGCUCCACAACGGCCUCAUUGACAUGGCCUUCCUUUAUCAGAGUUUUUACGCUCACCUGCCUGAGCGUCUGGACACCUUCACAGCUGACCUAUCUGAGAUGUUCCCUGCUGGCAUCUAUGAUACCAAAUAUGUCACUGAGUUUGAGCUCAGGCUCAUUGCCUCCUAUCUGGAGUACGCCUACAAGAAAUGUAAACUGGAAAACAGUCGGAGCCUGGACUCUGGAGCCACUGGACCUCACGUUCAAGUCGAGUUCUGUCAGUAUGUGGGUCACAUGUCCAGCUACGUGGACUUCAGAGUGUGUCCAACUGUGGCCUCUCCUGACGGACAGACUGAAAUCUGCCAACGCUUCUCUGCGUUUGGUUGGUGUCCAGAUGGAAACCAGUGUCCAUUAUCACAUGACACCGACCUCAUCAUCCUCCAAGACGAGAAAAGCAAAGGGGAAAAGAGGAGAAAGAGGAAGAGACAGAAGGAGAAGAUGCGAAGUGGAGGAGGAGCGGUAGUGGAGGAUUCCUCACUUUUUGACGGUGCCCCAGAAAACAAAAUGCCCCACAUGGAGGAGGAUCCCCAAGGAAAACCAGAUGAUGAGCAGAGUGGGACCAUGUUACCGUCGGCAGACAUCAAUGGAAACAACCAGCGCAGUGAAGUAAAUACAAACCCAGAGAGCGAGGGGAAUGGAGUUUGUGAAGCCAAAAACGACUCCAGAAACUCUAUGGAAACUGCUCCAGCCGUUGAUGAAACAAACAAAACAACCAGUGCAGACGACAGCGCCAAAAUCAGGACUGAACUCUCCAACAAGGGUGACGCUCAGAAAAAGACCCAGGAGACGGGAACACAUCGGGCCGGGUUCGACGCCUUCAUGACGGGAUAUAUAUUCGCCUACUCCUGUAUCUUCAUCAGGAAGAAACAAGAGGGAGGAGCUUUGACAGAGGAGCAGCAGGAGGCGGAGCAGACGUGGCUUCCCACCUGUCUCAAUAAGGUCUACCUGAGCGGAAAAGCUGUUCCACUCAACAUCGUGAAAAGCACCUUCGCCAGGUCAUCCAGGGCUCACGUGCAGAAAAUGGAGAUGGUGUGGGGCAGUAGAACAUAGAAUACACACUUACAUUUACUCAUUACAUAUCGUUAGCCUCAUACAAGUCAUACACUAUAUGGACAAAAGUAUUGGGACACGUUGAAUUCAGGUGUUUCUUUUCUAACAGGGGUUUAGGACAAAUGUCAUAAUAUA